AUACCUGUCACUGUCAGUUAACCUCAAAAAACCGCGUCCCAGUCCCAUUUAGCUGUGAUUACAAAGAAUUAAACUAAAAACAAGUACAAUAUCUUAUAAUCCUGAUAUUCAAAAUGCCUUUAGACGUCCAAGGCACAUUCGUCUCUCAGAAAAUCAGCAAAGUCCGAUGGAUUCCCGAAGAAUACGUCGAAACAAAAUGUUUCUUUACCGGCAGUUGGGACGACGACGUGAAUUCCGUUAAAGUUUGGAGCUUUGAAAGCCAGGAAGAUGAAGAAUUGGAGUAUCCCAAAUGUCUUUCAGAGGUUCCAGUAGAAGGAGACGUUACUGAGAUCAAAUUUACAAGUAAAAACAGGAUAGCUGUGUCUACAUCUGAUGGAGACGUUAGGUUGUUAGAGAUCAGUAUGUACGACAGAAAACAACCGUUGAAGGAGGUUUUCAAAUGGGAGAAGUUACACAAAUUUGGAGAAGACAGUUGUUGCUGCACAGCAGUAGCGACCAUGGACAGUGACAUUGCGUCGGUGGGAGAGGACGGCAACAUCAACUUUUUGAACGGCCACCGAGGAGAUGUUGUGCGCACUGUUGCUGGUGCCGACAGCUGCUCACUGCAUUCUGUCUGCUAUAUCAAGUAUAAUGAGAUCAUAACUGGCAACCUCCGCGGCCACAUGAAAAUCUGGGACUCCCGGUCCCCUGAAAACAAACCCACUGCCUCAUUCCUGCUCGCCGGAGACGACUUAGCAGCAACCUGCAUCGUAAGCCACCCAACUCAACCUCACAUCAUACUCGCUGGCAGCGAAUCAGGAUCUCUAGCCAUUUGGGACUUACGUAUGAAUUCCUUCCCUACAUCCUUACUUAAUGCUCAUGCUGCAAGCGUUACAGAAAUGCAAUUCCAUCCGGUGAAUCCGUCGAAAUUAAUUUCCUGUUCGGUUUCCGGAGAGAUUUGGGAAUGGAAUAUGGAAGCGAUGAUCAAGACGACGAAGGGAGAGGACAGUCAGGUCGCUACUUGGAUGCCUUUGGAGGAUAAGAACACUAUGGUGGUGAAUUCUUUGAUGCCGACGCUGCAUAAAGCGAUUAACUCUAUACACUGUGAUAGAGGGAGAAUAUUGUGUGGUGCGGACAAUGAAGCUGUUUAUUUGAUUAAUAAUUUUAAGUAUUAAUUGUUAGGUUUAUUUUUUACUAUUAUUUAUGAUUGGUUUUCUCCCCCUAA